AUGGAAACUUUUCAAAGACAACUUGUUUCGGGACAUUCAUCACCACCUCUAAAGUUGAUCAUCAAGGAGGUGAUUCCGUUCGAGAGUCAUCAGGGAGUGGUGAAUUGUGUCUAUGAGAGGAAACAUUUGGUGUUGAAUAAGUAUGGAACGUAUCGUUUUCCGAGGAGAAUGGAUCAAGAUAAGUGGGCUUCCUUGUCGCCUGCUUCUAGUGAUGAGACAGAGAAUGCUGUUCAACACUUUGGAUUGACCUCUUACUUUAUAUUUACAAUGAUAAAAUGGAGUAAGGAUGAAUUGUAUUUGGAAUAUUGUCAUUACAAGUUAGAGUCAAAGAAGGAGGAAGGGGUCUUGACCAUUAAGGAGGAAAAGAAGGCUCAUUCUUUUAGGUGA